CAUCCAAGUGUAAUUCUCCCAAAUAUAUUUUUUUAAUAAUAAAUAAAUUUAUGAAGGAUAUGGGCCGAGCUCUCCAAAGUUUUGGGCCUAAUAUGGCCUGCCUGGCUUCCUCGGGGCUGUCAGGGCUCGGCCAUGGUUCUUUCCCUCUUAAGCCCAAUUAAACACAAGCAAAAAAACCAUGUUUAUUGAGACAUGAGCUUAGAGCAGGAGUCGAAUAGGAAUUUCACCAAGACCUGCUCCGCUGCAAUGAUCUGUUAACAAAAAUAUACGUACAUCAAUCCCCCGAAAGGUGACAGAACCUGCGCUGCCCGCUCCCCAUUUUCUCUCCUUUUUUUUUUUUUUUUCCUUAAACCCUAAAUUUCUAAAACCCCAACUUUUAUCACCAAUUUAAGGAUCAAGUGAUUUUACUUCUGCGGAUAUGGAUGGACAACCUGGUCAUGAGAACUCUUUCACGUCACUGAACUCUGGUAGGAGUGCCAAUGAUUUCUACCAUAUGGAUGAUCCAAACCCACUUUUUCCUGUGACAGCUGGAAGGAGUGCGAAUCAGUCUAUUCCCCUGUCAUUAUCUCAGUGGAUUGAUUGUCCCAAAACACCUCAAAGCUAUGUUGAAUUUCUAACAGAUAAUCUUGAAAAGGUCCCGACUGCGGAUGUCUUAGAGAGCAUUGGUUCUCCAAUUGGUGGCAUACACGCUGUUGACGGGAUCUCUGAAAUUCAAAGAGAAUUGCUGCAUGGCAAUGAAGCAAAGGCUUUCAGCUCUGAGCCUGAUGACUAUUCCCUUGAGUCAGAGCAUGCGAAGUUAAAGCUAUCUGCCUACACUACCAACAUCAGCAAUUAUGAAGCUUCAGCAAGCGAAAGAUUUUCGAGGCCACAUGAUAGACUUUGUGUGAGCAAAUUUUCAAGCUCAGAAUAUGAGUCCCAUGCAGAGCAAAAUCAUGCUUUCUGGAUGCAAGAACCAAACGAAUACAAUUGUAAUGUUUUUCAACUUCAACCAAAAGAAACCAUUUCUGUACCCAGUUUCCUGUCCCAACCACAUUCCAGUGUACCCAAAUCAAGAACUUCUGGAAGUGAUCGUCAACGAAGGCUACGAAUUGCUGAAAGUAUCAAAGCAUUACAAGAACUGCUUCCAAAUUCUGCAGAGCGUUGUCAAGCAACUGCACUGGAUGAUAUUAUUGACCAUGUCAAGUUUCUGCAGUUGCAAAUAAAGGAAUUAAGUCGAAGCAGAUUGGGAGGUGAACCAACUUAUAAUCCUUUCGUUUUUCUAGAGGGAUAUGGUCACUAUGUUCUCCACGAACACAUGAUAAAUGAACCUCUCGAAGAGAUGAUGGGGAAGUUACUAGAGAUAAAUCCGUCAGCAGCAACUCAGCUGCUAGAAAGCAAAGGCCUUUACAUGAUGCCCAGGGCACUGGUUGACGGUUUGCCCAGAGUAACAUAGAUAGUCCAUAGUCCAUAUCUGCUGCCCUAUCUGCUUAACUUGGUAGUUUGUCAUUACUUUCAUGGUUACCGGGUAAAUGCUCCAACUAAAUACCAUAUCCAAGAACCUAGGUGAUGGUAGUUUCAAAAACAGUUUGCAGAACAAUAGGUAGCUAGUGUUUUUUACGUUUGCAUGUUUGCUUAUGAUAAAAGGGACAUCUAAUUGAAAAGCGGAAGUAAACAGUGCUCGGAGCACGAAAAGCAUUUAUGGCUAAUUGGCUAUGCCAUUAAGUGGGGACGUAAUGCAUCUAUUAAUAUUUGUGCACAUCUCAUAAAAUUGAGAUUGGCACAUGAUGGACUUUUCAAUCUACAUUGUUUCCGUAAAACUAGCCAUUUUUGACAAAAGCAAAUGUAAUCGAACCGGGAAACAGUAUAAAAUAAAAGCACUAGAUUUGUUGCAAGGCAUGUAUUCUAUACAACAAAGGGGGAAAAAGAGGAGUUUCAUCCUCCUGAAAGGCCUUUGUCUCUAUUGAUUUUGUCUUUUCUUUUUUAAAAAGUUUCGAUUUAUGAA